AUGAUGGAAGAUAACGAGAAAGGAAACCCUCAAUUAUGUUCACUGUAUCCACCUACUAUGCAAGGAAAUGGACUAAUUGAUAUGUCAUCUAAUAUGGAAUGGACAGAUAUUGAGCAACAUGUCAAACAUGUGCAGAUAGGUGGAAUUUACUCUCCAAGUGAUUGUACACCUCGACAACAUCUUGCUAUUAUAAUUCCAUUUCGUAAUCGCGAAUAUCAACUUAAAAUGCUCUUACGUCAUCUUCAUCCAUUUUUACAACGACAAAAACGAUCCUAUAGAAUAUUUGUUGUUGAACAGUUCGGUAAUGGUACCUUUAACAAAGGUUUGAUCAUGAACGUGGCAUUUAAUCAUGCAUCAAAAAUAUCUGCACCAGUAUUCAAUUGUUUCAUGUUUCAUGAUGUUGAUCUUAUUCCUGAAAAUGACUAUAAUGUAUAUGAAUGUGAUCAACAUGGACCACGACAUCUAGCACCAGCAGUUGAUGAAUUGCGCUAUUUCUUAAUGUAUAAUGACUUAAUCGGUGGUGUUCUUGCUGUGACAAAAGACCAAUUCAUGAAAGCAAAUGGUUGGUCAAAUUUAUAUUGGGGUUGGGGAUUCGAAGAUGAUGAUAUGAAUCACAGAUUACGUCAUGCGGGUUAUCGUAUUAGUCGACCACCAAAUAGCAUUGGCCGUUAUAAAAUGAUUCGUCAUGAAAAACAAGUACCUGCAUCUAACAGAUAUGACGCACUAAUGUUCUUAAUACUUAUUCUUCAUUAUGCUCGACGGCUAGGUGCAUCGAUACUAAGAUGGGACCUUGCUUGGUUACCUCUGGGCUAUCAACAAGAAAAUGAUUCCUCGAUGUCAAUAGUUGUGGUUAAAUUUCUCGUAUCGAGUUUGCUUCUCUUUGGAUAUACAUGUCAAUUGUGUCUAACAACAGUGUGUACGCCAUCGAUAUAUUUAAAUUGGUUUCUCGUUGUUACUGAUUGUCGUUAUACCUACACAUAUUUACUUUCAAGUUAUACAUUCGCCGGUGGCGUUCUCAUAUCAUUAUCUUGGACAGUCAUAUCAUUUCUUCAUUUGGUUGUUCAUCGAUUCAGAAUUUAA